AUGUUUAAAUACUUCCGGAACCAUUUUGUCAGUCACUUCACGGAAUGCAAAAGACGAAGGUCACGGCUGGUGUCUAAAGAUGGGAGAUGUAACAUAGAGUUUGGGAAUGUUGAAGAACAGUCAAGGUUUGUUUUCUUGGCUGACAUCUGGACCACCAUCCUGGACCUCAGAUGGAGGUACAAGAUGACCAUCUUCAUUUCAGCAUUCUUAGGCAGCUGGUUUCUUUUUAGCCUACUGUGGUACAUAGUGGCAUACGUACAUCAAGAUCUGCCAGAGUUCAACCCCUCUGCAAAUCACACCCCAUGUGUUGACAACAUCAAUGGCUUGACUUCUGCCUUUCUUUUCUCCCUGGAGACCCAAGUCACUAUAGGCUACGGUUUCAGGUGUGUUACAGAACAAUGUGCAAUGGCAAUUUUCCUACUGAUCUUCCAAUCGAUCUUAGGAGUCAUCAUAAACUCUUUCAUGUGUGGCGCUAUCUUGGCCAAGAUCUCCAGGCCCAAAAAGAGAGCGAAAACCAUCACCUUCAGUAAGAACGCUGUUAUCAGCAAGCGAGGUGGGAAACUGUGCCUUCUCAUCAGGGUGGCCAACCUCAGGAAGAGCCUUUUGAUCGGCAGCCACAUCUAUGGCAAGUUGCUGAGGACCACUGUCACACCAGAAGGAGAGACGAUCAUCUUAGAUCAAGUCAGUGUGGACUUUGUGGUCGAUACUGGCAAUGAGAACUUGUUCUUCAUCUCCCCCUUGACAAUCUAUCACAUCAUCGACAAGAAAAGCCCCUUCUUUCACAUGGCAGCAGACACAAUCCUUCAACAGGAGUUUGAGUUGGUGGUGUUCCUAGAUGGAACUGUGGAAUCUACCAGCGCCACCUGUCAAGUCAGGACGUCCUACAUCGCAGAGGAGGUACUGUGGGGCUAUCGUUUUGCACCGAUUGUCUCCAAGACCAAAGAAGGGAAGUAUAGAGUGGAUUUCCACAAUUUCAGCAAAACGGUGGAAGUGGAAACUCCCCACUGUGCCUUUUGCCUCUACAAUGAGAAAGACGCCAAAGCCAAGAUAGGAUAUGAUAACCUUGGGUUCCAGCUUCAAGAGGUCAACGAAACCAUUAAUACAAAAAUGUAA